AUGGCAACAACUCCUGAUGCUGCUUUUGAGACCCUCAUGAAUGGAGUGACCAGCUGGGAUCUUCCUAAAGAAUCCAUUCCUAGUGAACUCCUUCUUACUGGGGAGGCUGCCUUCCCAGUGAUGGUGAAUGGCAAAGGCCAGGUGCUCAUUGCUGCCUCUUCCUAUGGCCAAGGCUGCCUGGUUGUCAUAUCCCAUGAGAGCUACUUGUUGCAUGCUGGCUUUACCCCAUUUCUUUUCAAUACAGUGAGCUGGCUCUGCCCCUCCCCGGGGGCUCUCAUUGUAAUGCAUCCCUCCUUGGCAUCACUAGUGAACAUCCUAGGUGACUCUGGCAUAGAGGCGCUGGUUCAGCCUAAACUUGGAGAGAUGCUGGGUGUUUACUGCACAGAUGCUUAUAAUGACAGCUUGACUGAGAAGCUGGUCCAGUUUGUGAAGCAUGGUGGGGGCUUGCUCAUUGGGGGCCAGGCCUGGUACUGGGCCAGUCAACAUGGCAGUGACAAGGUGCUGUUCAGUUUCCCUGGGAACCAGGUGACAAGUAUGGCUGGAGUGUAUUUCACAGAUGUCUGUGGGAAUAGAGACUUGUUCAAGGUCUCUAAAGAGAUACCCACUCUCACACUUUAUGUCAAACUCUCAUCAGACAACCGCAAUUCCUGGGUGAGCACUGGACUCCACUUGCCUGAAGGUCAGGUUGUACAAAUAACACUUCCCAGGGCAGCGACUCACACCAACCUAGAGGUCCUCAUUGGUUGCCAUACAGACAACAUAAGCAAAGCAAAACUUUACCACCAUCCCCCUGUGAUGACGCAUACAUACCACUUAGAUUCAUCUCAGAAGUCCAUCUCCUGGCUCUGUGGGGGGCUUCUCUACAUCAUCGUUCCCCCCAAGUACAAUGAUGAUGUGUCCGUCACCAUCACUGGGGCUGUGUCUUCUCCAUACUUCAGGAUAGGUGAGACAACCCAGGAGGAAUGGAAGAAUCUUAUCAAGUACAGUGAAGCUCCCUGAGGAGAACUAACCACAGACAAUAUUAUCCUGACGAUCCCUACGGAAAACCUCAUGGUCCUUCAGGACCCAUACCCAGUGCUCCAACUCUGGGAUGAGAUGGUCCAGGCUGUAGCCAGGCUGGCAGCCAGGCCCUUCCCUUUUGAUAGGCCUGAGAGGGUUGUACUUGACAAGCAGAUUUCACUUGGUUUUCUCCAUUCUGGAUACCACAUCAUGGGCUACACUAGUAUAGAAAAAGGCAUCAGUGAUGAGGUCACAAUCAGGUCACAUGGUAUUUGGGGUGUGAUACAUGAGCUGGGCCACAACCAGCAGAAGGGUAAAUGGAGUUUCCCACUGCACACCAAUGAAGCUUUGUGUAUUCUCUGGGCUGUUUAUGUGCAUGAGACUGUUCUAAACAUCCACAGGGAUCAGGCCCACCCUUCUCUGAAUCCUGAACUUCGGAAGCAGAGGAUCAAAGAUCACCUGUCCAAGGGAGCACCCCUGAGUAACUGGGUUGUAUGGACAGCUCUAGAGACUUAUCUUCAGCUCCAGGAGAGCUUCAGGUGGGAGCCAUUCAUCCAGAUCUUUGGUGACUUCCAAACCCUCUCUAGCAUUCCCCAAGACAAUAAAGGCAAGAUGAAUCUGUGGGUGAAGAAGUUCUCUGAGGUUGUGCUGAAGAACCUGGCCCCUUUCUUUGAAGCCUGGGGCUGACCUGUCCCAAGUAAUGUGGCUGAAAGUCUGGCCUCUUUGUCAGAGUGGCAGGAAAACCCCAUGAAGAUGUAUGCAGACGAUGGUACAGAGAGAAAAACAAUGGAAAUUCUAUCUGGGAAAAGAUCAUUUAUUGGAUGCAAGAGAAAAAUCCUCGUGAUUCAAUAG